AUGACCAGCUGUGAUAUGCGGGCGUGGCUUCAAAUGAAAACACUCAGGAUAUUGAGUCUGAGAUUAUUCUGGGCCGUUGUGAUGGUUCUCGGUCUGACUACUCUUUUCACCCUAGCAUACGACAAUAUCACCUUCUUCAUCUCAACCCACGAAGACACUCCCACCAACCCCAGACACAGACCAUCCCUCUUCACGAACUACUUCACCCACGGCGUCAAACCAGUACCCUGCCAUUCGCACAACGACUACUGGAGACGAGUACCUCUCUAUUCAGCCCUCUCAGCCGGCUGCACAAGCGUGGAAGCCGACAUAUGGCUAGAAAACGACAUACUUCGUGUCGGCCAUACGCAACACACAAUCCUCCGCGGACAAACACUAAACAGCCUGUAUCUGAAUCCGCUACUGGAAAUGCUAAAACAGCAUAAUCCCCACCUAAACGGAUUAGUCCCGGUCUCCACAUCGCCAUUGGCAAUGGCUCAAGCAUCAGAAUCGACUCCAGAAUCACAAUCAGCACCAGCAUCAGAAUCCGCCCCAGCAUCAGAUCAACCUUCAGAUCUAACCUCAUCCUACGCCGACGCCCACACUCACAUCCCCGCUCACCCUCCAAAAGAAAUAAUCGGCAUAUUUUCGACAAACCCAACCCAGACCCUCGUCCUCCUUAUCGACUUCAAAAGCGGCGAACACCAGUGGGAACACCUCAUGGAUGCCCUCCGCCCACUCCGAGAAAGCGGUUAUCUCAGCCACACCACCACCAAUUCCAGCUCCGAAACCGAGAUAAUUACCCGCCCCAUCACGAUCGUAGCAACAGGCUCAGCCCCCUACCAUCGCAUCCUCUCGAAUCCACACAAAGACAUAUUCUACGACGCCCCGCUGGACAGCCUCUCCACAACACCCACAUCUUCAAUCCGAACCCCCUACUCCUGGCAAAAUAGUUACUACGCCUCCGUCAAUUUCCACCGCUCAAUCGGGUCAUUGCCACUAGCUCGACUUUCGCAGGCCCAGUUGGCGAAACUGAGGGAUCAGAUCCGGGGUGCGCAUGAGCGGGGCUUGAAAGUUAGAUACUGGGGGACGCCUGGGUGGCCGGUGGGGUUGAGGAAUUAUGUUUGGCGGGUUCUUGUUCGUGAGGGGGGUUGA